GCAGCCAGUGCCGGACUCGAGCUCGAGCUCGGACUCUGGCCCGAGCAGAGGCGCGCAGAAGGCGCUUAUUGCUGGCUGGCAGGGCGGGAGCCGCGGUGGAGACUGCAGGGGCUCCGGGGAGAGCGGGGUGAGAACAGUGAGCCGCGGCGGCAGCAUGGUGGACUAUCUGGCCAACACGGAGAUCAACAGCCAGCGCAUCGCCGCGGUGGAGAGCUGCUUCGGGGCAUCGGGGCAGCCGCUGGCCCUGCCGGGCCGUGUGCUGCUGGGCGAGGGCGUGCUGACCAAGGAGUGCCGCAAGAAGGCCAAACCGCGCGUCUUCUUCCUGUUCAACGACAUACUGGUGUACGGCAGCAUCGUGCUGAGCAAGCGCAAGUACCGCAGCCAGCACAUCAUCCCGCUGGAGGAGGUGACGCUGGAGCCGCUGCCCGAGACCCUGCAGGCCAAGAACCGCUGGAUGAUCAGGACCGCCAAGAAGUCCUUCGUGGUGUCGGCCGCCUCCGCCACGGAGCGUCAGGAGUGGGUCAGCCACAUCGAGGAGUGCGUGCGGCGGCAGCUGCUGGCCACGGGCCGCCCGCCCAGCACGGAGCACGCGGCGCCCUGGAUCCCCGACAAGGCCACGGACAUCUGCAUGCGCUGCACGCAGACGCGCUUCUCGGCGCUCACGCGGCGCCACCACUGCCGCAAGUGCGGCUUCGUGGUGUGCGCGGACUGCUCCCGCGCGCGCUUCCUGCUGCCGCGCCUGUCACCCAAACCCCUGCGCGUCUGCAGCCUCUGCUACCGCGAGCUGGCCGCCCAGAAGCGCAAGGAGGACGGGGAGGAGGGCGGGCAGGGCGCGGGGUCCCGGGCCCUCUGCGGAGCGUCCAGUGGGGAUGAGGACGAGGACUCAGACGAGGACAGGGAGGGCAGCGGGGAUGGCGACUGGCCCAGCCGCGUGCAGUUCUAUUCCUCCGGGGUCUCCUGGUCAUCCUUCCACAGCUGACCCCCUGCAGCACAUGUCGGGGGCAGGCGCCCUAAUCAUUCUGCAGACUCCCCUGCUCAGACUCCUGAGAGCAUGGAGUUCUGGAAGCUGCCCAGCAACACCCAGGACUGUACCCCACGGGUGGCUGGGCAGUGGGAGUGGCUCGUGCUUUCUGGACCCCCAUGCUUACACUUCAGGUAAUUAAUUGUCUUUCCAUUUAGAAAACCCAGAACACUUAGGCCUCUCUGGAACAAAUGCCAUCUGUCCACUCUGUGAGCUCCAGGGAACCCCCUGAGUUACACGACACCCAGGACCUUUAGGGACCAGAGGGCCAGUAGGACUGGAGUGAGGUCACUUGUCCCAGAGGCCUUGAACCACAGCACCAGAUCCCAGACACACACACCUCCACGGAAGACUGUUGGUCCUGGGAGGUCCAGGAAACCAAGGCUGCCCACCCACCCACCGUGCCAACACCCACCUGCCUGGUCAGCUGGGCCUUGGCAAGCCCAGCGUAGGGGCUCUCCCAGAGCCAGGCAGGAGACUGCCGUGCUGUGGGUGCCCACCAGGCCUGGGAUGGUGGCCUGCGCUCCCCAUGGACCAGGACAGCCUGUUAAGGCCUCUAGUCCCGUCCCGUCUCACCUCUUCCCAGGCGUCCAGAUGUCUGAUCCUCUGUCAGUGCGCAGCUCUCCAUGUGGCUGGGGAAAGCAGUGUGUUCUGUUCGGACUCUAAUUUCAAGUAACAGAAACCCUAUCCAGACUGACUUCAUAAUAAAAAGCAAGUGUAUUGACUGGUGUGGUUGAAAAGCCCAGGUCUUCUCCUUCAGACACUGGUCCAUC